AUGAGGCUGACUACCAUUUUUAUAUCGUUUCUCUUGUCGCUCGCUACCGCAUUGACUCCAUGGAAUGAAUGGAGCCACGGUCGUGUGACACUUCAAGAUGUAUCAAUACAUUUUCGCUACUCUGGCACUGGCCCUCCUCUCCUGUUGGUGCACGGGAACCCUCAAUAUAGCCUGACUUGGCAGACUAUCGGACCAAUACUGGCCCAGAACUACACAGUCAUUGCCCCGGACAAUCGCGGUGCUGGAGACUCGUCAAUACCGCCCAAUGGGGACUACAGCGCUGAGAGCACGGCUGAUGACCUGAAAGGCGUGCUCGACUUUCUAGGCAUCAACGAGACAUAUGUUUUUAGUCACGACAAAGGUUCAGGUUUCGCCACCGCGCUUGCUCUCAAAUACCCAGCCGCUGUGAGGAUGCUUGGACUGAGCGAGUACGCGCUGCCGGGGUUCGGCUACGAGGAUGCAGCAAUGCCAGCACCAUUCUGGGAUCUAUAUGCCAAUCCGCAGCUGGCCUUUUUCCAGAUUCCUGAUUUUGCAGAAUUCUUGAUUUCGGGCAAAGAAAAGCAGUUCCUCAGCUGGUACUUCUACCACGGUUCAUACAGCGGCGGCACAUCAUUCUCCGAAGACACCUUGAACCAGUACACUACAAGUAUCGCCAAGCCCGGAUUCUUGAGGGCCAUGUUCGGACCCUUUUCUGCUGCAUCCGUCGCCGCGGAUCACGCCUUUUUUACAACUUCGUUAUCCGCGGGGAAAAUGGCAACGCCGAUCCUUGGCCUUGGGGGAGAAGCGAGUUUUGGUAUCCCAAGCAUUUUGCAGAGUGUUCUCGGCAAUCUCAGCACUACUUCCGAGAUCGACGUUGUACCGAAAGCUGGACACUGGAUUGCCGAUGAGAACCCUGUCUGGGUCGCAAAUCGCGUUGGCAAGUGGUUGCAGACCGACAGCUCACCAUUGAAUAAUACUGAUCUGUCCUGGUUUGCGGGCGAGGCCACUAUUACGAUUGGGUACUUUGGAACAUAUAGAAACGCUGAUCUAGCAGGAUUUACCGCUCGGUAG